AUGGCAAGAAUCUGGGAGCAGUAUGGCCCCGGGACAGACCAGAACUCGCGAGCGGAGAAGGAGAAGCUGAUUCGGCCGUAUGCGAAAGGUGUGGUAGUCGAUGCGGGGGCAGGACACGGCGUCUCCGCAUUAUACCUAGACCGCAACAAGGUCACGAAGUAUGUCGCGGUCGAGCCCAACCUCGCCAUGCACGACUACAUCCGACGCACGGCAGCAAGCGCCGGCUUCAGCGAAGACGAUGGCUCUCUCGUCGUCCUCGGCUGCGGCAUUGAAGACGUAGCAGCCAUAUGCGCGGCGCUCCGAUCCAAUAAAGCUGCGGACACGGACGAGCGCUCUGCAGAUACCAAUGCACCUCACGCCAACCUAGCUGGCCCCUGCGCCGACACCAUCAUCUCCGUCCUUACCCUCUGCUCCAUUCCCAAUCCCCGCGCAACCAUCCGCGCCCUUGUGCACGGUCUCCUCGCGCCCGGCGGCACAUUCCUGUUUUAUGAGCACGUCCUGAGCCACCGCGCGGAUGUGGCGUGGUGGCAGCGGUUUUGGGCGCCCGUGUGGCGGGUGCCGUUCGAUGGGUGCCGGUUGGACCAGCCGACGCACUUGUGGAUAGCUGAGGCUGGGGAUGUGGAUGCGUCGCAGGCGGGGGACAGAGAUGCGUCGGAUGCGGAUGACGAUAGUAAGGGAGGAGCAGGAAACGAUGGCAAGAGAAGAUUAUCAUGCGAAGGUGAGGGCGGAAGCCUCUGGGCGAUCCAGGAAACGUGGGGGAAGGAGGGCGAGACGGAGGAUACGCUCUUUUGGCAUCAGGCAGGGCGCUUCGUGAAGCGCAGCUAG